AAGUGAUCACUUCAGUGUACACAUCAGCACAUUACAUUCAGCAUCUUGCUUUACACAGAGGAAGAGUCUCACACAAAUCAGACAUGUGCUUCAAGACCAUACUUUGGUUUGUCAUGCUGUUCAGGACAAUAUAUGCUGCUGAAGAACUAACGAUCCAUCAGUCUGACUCAGUGAUCACAGCUCAGCUUGGGGAGUUGGUGACUCUUCAGUGCAACUUUACCCAAGGGAGUCAAUACAUGUUCUGGUACAAGCAAAAGCCAGGGGAGAGGCCACAAGUGAUGGUUCGAGCACACGUUUUAUCAGACAGUGAGUUUCAGAUAGGGUUUAGUGAACUUGAUUACAGCAUGCAGAGGGGGGGUAGUGUCUUCCACCUGACUAUAAAAAACACUACUGCAUCGGAUGAGGCAUCCUAUUUCUGUGCAACUAGAGAUUCAUAUGUUACCAUAUUCGGAAAUGGAACGUUUCUGGUAUUGAGAGAUAACAGAAACCACAGAUUGGAUUUAACAGCAGUGAUCCAAACUCCAGUACCAGUCCCAAUUCACUCCAGUGACCCUAAGACCGUGGUGUGCACAGUAUUUACCGAAACCAGAACCAAAGAGCUCAGUGUGUUCUGGUUCAGACCUGCUUCAGGGGGAUCCCAUCCCAUGAGCAUUUACAUAGAGAAGAACUGCAGCAAUUCUCAGAGUUGUGUCUACAGACUGCCUAUGGGACAAACACCUGAUUCUGGAACCUUCUAUUGUGCUGUUGUCUCUUAUGGUCAACUACUAUUUGGGAACGGAACAAAACUGGAUAAAAAACAAACAGAGCCAAUGGACCCUGUAAUUGUUAGUUUGGGAGCUGCAUUGGCCCUGUGUAUUGCAGCACUAAUCCUCCUGGCCUAUGUAAGAUAUAAAAAGACUACAUGUAAAGACUGCAAAGUGAACACCACACAGGGCCACAAGCCUUUGAGGGCACAGUCAAUGGGCCAGGACUGUGAUGCAGAGAUGCUCAACUAUGCAGCCCUGCAGUUCACUGAGGGGAGGAGCAAGACUGGCAGAAAGAAGAGACCGCCACCGCAGGAAAGCACCUACUCUGAUAUCAGAUCAACUAGGUCCUAAAUUCACUCCCCUUUUCAGAUUAUUUUCUCAGAUUACCAAUAGAUUAUGCUGAUGUUCUAGAAUGCACUAACAAUAACUUAGAUUGUUUUUAUGUACAGUGUUUAGUCAGGUCAUUGAUGGAGUAUCUGAGAACAUUAAGCUCUCUGACUUGCAAGUUCAAAUGUAUUGCCAUAUACAUGACAAUAACAGUCAGUGGGUUGCAGCAGCAACAGGGCAGUUCUUCAGACCACUCCACAACUGGCCCUGAGAUCUAGGUCAUCAUGAGUAGUCUUGAUUUCUAAUCAUAGGCUUUGUUGACUUUGUAGCUGAA